GCGCCGCCAACUCGUGUGGGACCCUCCGCUCCGGCCGCCCGCCCGCCGUGUCGCGCGCCGGUCCUGCCGCCCGCCGCCUGUGCCCUUGUGAGGCUGGCAUGCAGGAUGGCAGGACAGCCCAGCCACAUGCCCCAUGGAGGGAGCCCGAACAAUCUCUGCCAUACACCAGGGCCCACGCACUCUCCUGAUCUCCAGAGGCUCCCCAACACCCUGUCUUUUCGCUGCUCACUGGCGGACUUCCAGAUCGAGAAGAAGAUAGGCCGAGGACAGUUCAGUGAGGUGUACAAGGCCACCUGUCUGCUGGACAGGAAGACGGUGGCUCUGAAGAAGGUGCAGAUCUUUGAGAUGAUGGACGCCAAGGCGAGGCAAGACUGCGUCAAAGAGAUCGGCCUCCUGAAGCAACUGAACCACCCGAACAUCAUCAAGUAUUUGGACUCGUUUAUCGAGGACAACGAGCUGAACAUUGUGCUGGAGCUGGCCGAUGCAGGUGACCUGUCGCAGAUGAUCAAGUACUUUAAGAAGCAGAAGCGGCUCAUCCCCGAGAGGACGGUGUGGAAGUACUUCGUGCAGCUGUGCAGCGCCGUGGAGCACAUGCACUCACGCCGGGUGAUGCACCGAGAUAUCAAGCCUGCCAACGUGUUCAUCACAGCCACGGGCGUCGUGAAGCUUGGUGACCUCGGUCUGGGCCGCUUCUUCAGCUCUGAGACCACCGCAGCCCACUCUCUAGUUGGGACGCCGUACUACAUGUCACCAGAGAGGAUCCACGAAAACGGCUACAACUUCAAGUCCGACAUCUGGUCCCUGGGCUGUUUGCUGUACGAGAUGGCCGCUCUCCAGAGCCCCUUCUACGGGGAUAAAAUGAAUCUGUUCUCCCUCUGCCAGAAGAUCGAGCAGUGUGACUACCCGCCUCUCCCUGAGGAGCAUUACUCAGAGAAGUUAAGAGAACUGGUCAGUAUGUGCAUCUACCCUGACCCUAACCAGAGACCUGACAUCGGAUACGUGCACCAGGUAGCCAAACAGAUGCACGUCUGGACGUCAAGCACCUGAACGUGG